AGAAGACCUUCAAAGUAGAGCAGAUUUCUCAUUAUUUCUUUGCUCCUUCUCCCUCCUACAGCUCUGCCUCCACAGUUCUCUAAACUUUUCCAGGAUCAGAAGAAAAUGAACACAUCCCAGGGCUCAGUGCUGUUCGAGGAUGUAUCUGUGUACUUCACCCAGAAGGAAUGGCAGCUGCUGGACCCUGCCCAGAGGCUCCUGUACAGGGACGUGAUGCUGGAGAACUACAGGCACCUGGUAUCACUGGGGCACUGUGUUACCAAACCUGAGCUGAUAGUCAAGUUGAAGCAAGGAGACGAACCAUGGAUAUUAAAGAGAGAACCACCAAGUCAGAGCCACUCAGAAGUUCAGAAAGCCAAUAACAUGAAAGAGACAAGUCAAGAAAAUAAAGGCAAAUAUUUGAGGCAGGCUUUAUUCAUCAACAACAAAAUACUGACUAAGGAGAGACGUAAAACCUUAAGGGAAGCACUUAGUAUGGCCACAAACACAGUGCCCUCAAGAAAAAUAUCCCAUAAAUGUGACUCAUUUGGAACAAGCUUGAAAAGUGUUUCAGAACUCAUUAUUAAUAAUAUAAACUAUGUAAGAAAAAAGUCAGUUGAUUUUAGUAGGUGUGACUUCCUUGAUAUUAAGUAUAAUAAAACUCAUUCAGAGAAUAAACCCUGUGAAAAUGAUCGAAAGAAGAAAUCCUACAGUCAUAAUGAGAAUUUUGUUCAACAUCAAAAGGAUUCAUCUUUGGAGCAACUUCUUGAAUAUAAUCAUUGUGGGAAAGCCUUUCACAGAAAGACAGCCUUUGUUACACAUAAGAGAGCUCACACAGUAGAGAAACCUUCAGAAAGAAAUGAAUAUGGACAAGUCUUUAUCCCAAAGUUAAAGCUCAAUUCUUGUCCAAGAACCCUUAGGGAAAGAAAGCCACAUGAGCCCUAUAAAAAUGGGAAAUCUUCAUGCAUGAAGUCCAAACAUGCAUAUCAAGAAAUUCACCCAGGGAAGAAACACUCUGAAUGUAAUAAAUUUGGAAAAUUUAGCAAGAAAUCAAACUUUACGCAACAUCAAAGAAUGUACACAGGAGAAAAACCUGUUGAGUGUAAUGAAAAUGAGAAAGCCUUGAAGAAGUUAGACCAUACUCAAAAUGAGAUAAUUCAUGCAGGAGAGAAAAUCUAUGAUUGUAAGAAAUGUGGGAAAUUCUUUCAUGAAAAAGCAUGCCUUACUCAACAUCAGAGAACCCACACAACAGGAAAACCCAGCAAGUGUACUGACAGUGAAAGAGUCUUAAAGAAGGAAUCUUGCCUCACACUCAAUCAGAGAAUUAAAACAAGAGAGAGAAACUGUAAAGAUAAUAAAUGUGAGAAACCUUUCUUUGAGAAGUUGAAACGCACUCAACAUCAGAGAAGGCACUCAGAGAAAAAAAUCAAUGGAUGUAAUGAAAGUAGGGGUGCCUCAGGUAGGAACUCACAACUCACACAAAGCCAGAGAGCUAACAAAAAAGAGAGAACCUAUGACUGUAAUAAAUGUGGAGAAAGCUUCCAUAAGAAAACAGAUCUCACGCAGCAUCAGAGCACACACACAGGGAAAAAACCCUAUGAAUGUAAAGAAUGUGAAAAAUCCUUCUUUGUGAAGUCCAACUACACUGAACAUCAGAGAACUCACACAGGAGAAAAACCAUAUCAAUGUAAUGAAUGUGGAAAGUCCUUUUGCCAGAAAUCAGCCCUCACAGUACAUCAGAGAACUCACACGGGAGAGAAACCAUAUAAAUGUAAUGAAUGUGGGAAAACCUUCUGUGUGAAAUCAAACCUUACUCAACAUCAAAGGACUCACACAGGUGAGAAACCCUAUAAAUGCAAUGAAUGCUGGAGAUCUUUCUGUGUAAAAUCCAACCUUGUUGUGCAUCAGAGAACUCAUACAGGAGAAAAACCCUACAGAUGUCCUGAGUGUGGGAAGACCUUCUAUGAAAAGUCAGCCCUCACGAAACAUGAGCGAAUUCACACAGGGGAAAAACCCUAUGAAUGUAAUGAAUGUAGAAAAAACUUCAGCCAGAGGUCAGCUCUCACCAAACAUCAAAGGAAAACACACAAGAAGAAAAUUCCCAUCAACACCCUCCAUGUGCAGAAACCUGCAUCUUCAAGCCAAAUUUGUUGAACAUCAGCAAAAUCAUAGGGCAGAAACCCUAAGGUGUUAACACAUGUAGGAAAGUAUUUGUUCAUAGGUUAUAAUGAAUAGGAAUUAGAAAAUUAACAUAGGAGUGAAACCACAUGAAUGCUUUGAACAUGUAAAAGCUUUCAGCAAGCAUUCAGAGCUGUUGAGGAAAAAUUAAUUUGAGAUACAUUAAUAAAAGAAGUUCUUGUGCAUAAAUUGUUUAAGUAGAAGUCAUAUUUCAUAUGUAAUAUCAGACUAAUUUUAAAAAGAACAGAAAAUGUCAUGUUCUUAAUAAAAUGUGAAACAUGAUCCUUUUGUAAAACUAUGAAUUAUUUAAGUCAUUGACAAUAGUGUUAAAUAUGUGUGAAGAGUUCCUGAAGUAUAUUGGGCUAUACAUAUAGUUACAUAGGAUAUGAGUGUGCUGUAUAACAUAAAUUAUGUGUAUGUUGGAUUUAUACAUGGGAACCCAUCAUUGUCUCUGAAUCACAACAAUCCAAUAUAUUUAUAAGUAAAAAUUGAACAGUCACAUAACCCGUGGCCCAACAAUUCUAAUUCUAGAUGCAUACUAUAAAACAGUAGUUCUCAACUGGGCUUCUUAAAGUGUGUUUGGAAAUAAGUUGUUUUGAUUGCCAACG